GUGACGUAUGAAUCGUGGUCGUCAAAUAGCCCAAUCAGCGCCGCGGCAGGAGGUUCAAAGUUGUGUGGGAACCACAGAAACAGCGGGUCUUUGGUUUCUCUGGAUUUAUUGAACGUUUCAGGUGCAGAGAUGGCUGAGGGGCUGCCGGUGCAGGUGGGACCGUCGGCCUAUCAGAGCGAGCCUUCAUCAACACAGACGCACCCGAUCGCGGGGGCGGGGCAUCAGGAGGAGGGCGUGGUCAGUCAGAAGCCUGAGUACUGUAUCGAGCUGCUGACGAGAGGACGGGAAGAGUUCAGCUUCGAGGAGCUCAGAGCGGAAAGAUACUUCAAACGGAGAGAAGAGCGGGAGAUAGAAGAGAAACUGAGACGUGGCGAAGAGCUGAAGAAGCAGCUGAGGAAGGAGCUGGAGGAGAAGAAGAGACUCGUAGAGCUCAUGAAGUCACAGAUGGGUCCUGAAGGCUCCGCCUCUCGGAUCAGAGACGCUGCCGGGCCUCCCGCUGUUGAGCCACCCGCUGCCGCCUCCUUCCAGAUCUACGAAGACUCCCGGUCUGCUGCUGCUGCUCGGCCUGCUGGAACCUCUGACGCGUCUCAGUACAAGCUGCAGGACGACGUCUUCCUCCGACCUGACGAGAGAGGGCUGUGUCUGAAGGUCCAGUGUCCACAACAAGGUUUUUUCGGAGCCUCUCCACUCCCUCAGGUCGACGCUGGGAUCCAGCCUCACAACUCAAACCUGCCCUCUGCUCCACAAAACGGCUUGACCCAGACCCCCACAGUGGUCCAGACCUCAGUGGAACCAGUGUCUAAAACCAGACAGGAGCUGAGUCCCAUACAGGAGACCAGCGUGGAGGCAAACUCUCUGACCUCGCUGGGGAUGUCGGCCGGACACGGUAGUCCACUGCAGGAGGACCAGGACCAGGAGGAACUGGACCCCGUUCCAUCACACGGUGAGUCUAAACCCUGUUUAGACCUGAUGACCGUUACACAGGCGGGGCGUGAGAGUCGCCUCGACCCCUGUUUGUUUCCUGCCCACGAGUCGCCUCGCCCCGUUUGUUUCCUGCCCACGAGUCGCCUCGCCCCGUUUGUUUCCUGCCCACGAGUCGCCUCGCCCCGUUUGUUUCCUGCCCACGAGUCGCCUCGCCCCGUUUGUUUCCUGCCCACGAGUCGCCUCGCCCCCAGAU